CAACUCCCUCAGCCAGGUGACAGUUGAGGAACAGCACAACCACCAUCAAGACAGCACAACGUUGCACUUUAGCUAGACUUGCAGCAACAAUCCAAAUUUCUGAUUUAUUGUUACACUUAAAGUAACCAUUUUCCGCUUCCGCGUAGCUCGCUAGCGGCGCGAGGACAUACUGUAGAUGACACGAGCUUGUGACGUUGACAAGCAAACACAAGACCGCAGUAGUGCGACGUCGACUCUCCCGUAUUUUUACUUAUUUUUUAACGACGGACAGUCUCGGUCAACAUGUCGGAGCCGACCGGGGAGGUGAAGCAGGCGAGCAAAGAGGUGAAAGAAAGCGAAAACGUCGCGGAGAAAUACUCUGCCUUGACCGUGAGCAAGAACACUGAAAUGAACAUGGAAGAGCUGUCGUCCGCCUUCAGCGCGGUGCCCACUCAUAAGCCGGUUAAGAAGCAAAUCCAGUUUGUGGAGGACAAGCAGGAGUUCAGCAGGUUCCCCACUAAAGCAGGCCGCCGUUCGCUGUCCCGCUCCAUCUCUCAGUCGUCCACGGACAGCUACAGCUCCGCCGCGUCCUACACCGACAGCUCGGACGACGAGACCUCCCCGCGGGACAAAACGCAGGUCAACUCCAAGGGCAGCAGUGACUUCUGCGUCAAGAACAUUAAACAAGCAGAGUUCGGGAGACGGGAGAUUGAGAUAGCGGAACAAGACAUGUCGGCACUGCUGGCUCUCCGGAAGAGAGCGCAGAGUGAGAAACCGUUGGCAGGCGCCAAAAUUGUGGGCUGCACGCACAUCACCGCACAGACGGCGGUGCUGAUCGAGACUCUGGUGGCUCUGGGCGCACAGUGCCGCUGGACUGCCUGCAACAUUUACUCCACGCAGAACGAAGUGGCCGCUGCCCUGUCAGAGAUAGGUGUGGCCGUGUUUGCCUGGAAGGGGGAGUCUGAGGACGACUUCUGGUGGUGCAUUGAUCGCUGUGUCAACAACGAGGGAUGGCAGCCUAACAUGAUCCUGGAUGACGGAGGUGACCUCACGCACUGGAUGUACAAGAAAUACCCAAACGUAUUCAAGAAGAUCCGAGGCAUCGUAGAGGAGAGCGUCACCGGGGUUCACAGGUUGUAUCAGCUCUCCAAAGCGGGCAAACUGUGCGUGCCGGCCAUGAACGUCAAUGAUUCUGUCACAAAGCAGAAGUUUGACAACCUGUACUGCUGCAGAGAGUCCAUCUUGGACGGCUUGAAGAGAACGACAGAUGUCAUGUUUGGAGGCAAACAGGUGGUUGUGUGUGGCUACGGUGAGGUUGGGAAAGGUUGUUGCGCUGCAUUGAAAGCUCUGGGAGCCAUCGUCUACAUUACAGAGAUUGACCCUAUUUGCGCCCUACAAGCUUGCAUGGAUGGCUUCAGGGUGGUCAAGCUGAACGAGGUCAUUCGCCAGGUUGAUAUCAUCAUCACCUGCACUGGAAACAAGAACGUGGUGACCAGGGACCAGCUGGACCGCAUGAAGAACGGCUCCAUUGUGUGCAACAUGGGUCACUCCAACACGGAGAUUGAUGUGGCGAGCCUUCGCACGCCUGAGCUGACCUGGGAGAGAGUGCGCUCCCAAGUGGAUCAUGUCAUUUGGCCUGAUGGCAAGAGAGUCAUCCUGCUGGCUGAGGGACGUCUCCUCAACCUUAGCUGCUCUACCGUUCCCACCUUUGUCCUGUCCAUCACCGCAACCACCCAGGCCCUGGCCAUGAUUGAGUUGUACAAUGCUCCCGAGGGACGAUACAAGCAGGACGUUUACCUGCUUCCCAAGAAGAUGGAUGAAUACGUGGCCAGCCUACAUCUGGCAACCUUUGACGCCCACCUGACCGAGCUCACCGAUGAGCAGGCGAAAUAUUUGGGCCUCAAUAAGAAUGGUCCUUUUAAACCCAACUACUACAGGUAUUAGUCUGCAAUAAGCCACACCCACGUGUCGAGGACCACCACGUGUUGAGGACACAUUGGUGUAUCGCCGACUUCCUGUGCUUUACGAGUAGUUAGUGUGUGUUCUUUUCUGUCACAUUUCUAUUAGUGUGCUGUCCUCUUUACCACAUGAAUACACAAUACUGUGUGCUGCGUCCAUAUCAGCCAGGUACUGUACUGGCAUACUUUUUGCAUCCAUAUGUUUUAGAAAUGAUGUGCCAAAUAAGUGUAAGGGAAGGGUUGAAAUUUUAAAAUAUGUGGAUAUGACAAAAAUAAUCAAGGAAUUCUCUGGGAUGUGAAGCCAUCUUUCAAAAAGUGACCGGACUUUCCUCAUUUUCAAACGACUGAAUGGUUCAAAGUGACGCGGACCAAACUAGAGUGUGAGCUUUUAUAGCACCUAUGCACCCAAAUGAGCCAUAACAUCUUUAUUAGAUGUUGUCAAGCGAUGCACUGGCAUUUCAAACUACUUUACUCAUGACUCAAAAAAUAUACUUUUUUUUUUUUUUGCUUCAAAUUUUUUUCAAUUUAAAAUUAAUUACCAGUAUGUUUUUUUUAUUUGUAGUUUUUUUCCUCAAAAAAUUUACUCAUGAUUAAACAAAUAGACAGUUGAGCCCUUGUGGAUUUUUUUUGGUCCAAACAUUUUUUUUUAUUCUAAUUUUUUUAUUUUAAAAUUAAUUAAUUUCCUUUUUUUGUUUUUCCUCACAAAAUUUUACUCAUUAUCAAAAAAAUAUACAAACAGUUGAGCCCUCGUGGAUUUUUUUGGUCCAGUUGUAUUUUUUUAAUUCUAUUCUUUAUUAUUAUUUUUUUGUAUUUUUUUCCUACAAAAAUUUUAGCCAUGAUUAAAAAAUAUACAGUUGAGCCCUCGGGGAUUUUUAAUUAUUAUUCAUUUAAUUUGAUUAAUUACAUUUGUUUUUUUUUUUGUUUUUUUUACUUCUCUCGUCCCCUCCCCAUUUUAAUCAUGACUAAAAUAAUAUACGAAAUUGAGCCCUCGUGGAUUUCUUUUGGUCCAAAAAUGUUUUUUUACUCAAAUUUUUUUAUUUACAUUUUUUUUUAUUUGUAUUUUCUUCCCUCCAAAAAUAGGCACUUUUUCCUGCAAAAAACUGAGUCUAUAAUAAUUUAGAAAUGCGUGAUAAAACAGAUAAAAUGUACAGCGUACAGUACUACGUAAAGGACAUGACCGGGCGCAAGAUGGUGGCGCCCGUUUGUUUGGCUCGCCUCCCGUGUGUAUAAAUAAAUAAAUAAAUGAUAUUUUUAUAGGCGUCUCAAUUACUCACGGCUGUUUUUUGCCAUUCUCAGCACAUAAGCCCAGCGAAUAGUGGGGAUCUACUGUAUUGAUAUUUAAUUGUUAUAUGAAUUAAAUGUACUAUUAUUAUUAUUAGAAUUACAUUAAAUGAGUUAUUACUAAUUAAUACUGUAUUAAUUUGCUGGCCCUGUAAACUGAAUACAUUCCAAUGACAAGCUAGAACAGGGGUGUCCAAACCUUUUUCAGUGGGGGCCACAUACUGAAAAAAGAAGGAAUGCAAGGGCCACUUUGAAGAAGUUAUACUGUAUGUAUUUUAAGAAAAAAACGUUGGUCUUUUUUCCCAAUUUUCUUUUUUUUAUUUUCUAAAUAUUUCAACUUUCUUCAUCAAUACUCUUUGUAAAUUUUCUUUUUGUAAUAUUAUGAUUUUAUUCUCAUGAUAUUUUGACUUUAUUCCCGUAAUAUUAUGACAUUUUCCCUCAACCUAAUUUUCCCAAAAAGACAACUUUAUUUUGCUUAGUUUGAUUCUCAUAAUAUUAUCACUUUUAAAAGUAAGGUAUUUUUUUCUUUAAUAUUUCACAUGUGUGCUAUUACGGUUUAUUUUUCCUCAUAAUAUUAUGAUUAUGCUGGUAAAAUUGUGACUUUUUUCUCAUUAAAAUAUGACUUUUUUUCUCUUAAUAUUUUCACUUUUUUUCCGCCCAUUUCUGCUGCUGUUUUUUUGUUUUGUUUUGUUUUGUUUUUUUAAUUUUCCAACUAUUUCCACUUUCUUCUUGGAAUUUUUCUUAUCGUAAUUAUGACUUUAUUUCCAUAAUAUUUUGACUUUAUUUUCAUGACUUUUUCCGCAACAAAAUUUUCCAAAAUUUGCAACUUUUUUCGUUGUUUGGUUUGUUUCUCAUAAUAUUACGACUUUGAACCCCCCCACAUCUUUUCUUUUUAAUAUUUGAAUUUUAUGCUACUAAAAUGCCUUUGUUUUUUGUCAUUUUUAUUCUCAUAAAAUUACGACUUUGUCAUUUGAUUACAACUUUUAUCUUAAUAUUUUUAGUUUAUUUUUUGUAAAAUCACUGCUGAUUUGUCUGUUUUUGCUGUUGUUUUUAAGCUUUCUUGUUAAGUGAUAUUUUUAGAAUGUGCCACAGGCCAAUAAAAAAAUUGCAAAAGGCGCCCGGGCCACACUUUGGACACCCCUGAGCUAGAGAGAGCUCUGUAGCGUCACGCACGUCUCUGCCGACACCACAUUCAGGUGAAUUUGUUUCCGAAAAAGAGCGAUGACAUAAUGAAUCCACCUCAGGGUAUUCGGACUUCAGCAUCGAUGUGGUUCUUGUGAGGCCAUAUUGUUGCAGCUUAUCUCUGCCAUAUACUGUUUUUCACAUGCCUGCAUGCUCCAACAGCAAAUACAGUGUGUGUGUACUGUACACACGGCCGCCGAUAACAUCAACUUUGAGUGGCAUUUGCCAAAACCACAACACAAUAUCAAGCGUGUGGUCAGAUAUGUCUGUGGCAGCUGUGUUAGCGUCACCCUCACCUAUGCACUGCAUUCGGUAGGCUUGUUAGUAAUGCAAUUGAUACUCAUUAUGCUACUUUGACUUAUCUGUGUUCAUUUGCACUUGGCUUUUCAAUGACGGAGGACCACAUCGAAUGAUUCAUUUACAGCAAAGUGCGGCCCACAGCAUGUGUUUUUAUUGUCCCGGGUCAUACUCGAAACAUAAAAACGAGAAGUAGAAUAGUUUGCUUUGUCAGAAAUCUGAGAUGUAGGCUCUUUUGACCCCCCUGGCUUAGAAGACCGUCAGUUUCAGCACCUUUAGCGUCCGUGUUGUACUGAAAAGUAGCCUCCUCGGAGCUACUAUGAGCCAAAGGUAUCUUAUCCGUCUACACGAGGACACCGUUGGCACUGUAACCGUGGUUACUGGCCGGUCGACAGUGCCUUGUGACUCACUUAGUACAGUUUGUAUUAGCAAGUGUAUGUGUGUGUGUGUGUGUGCUUUUUUUUUGGCAAAUAUUGUUGAUGCUCAACAUGGUUGUUAUUCUGCUAUGCAUUUCUCUUCUGUCCAAAGUAUUUGAAUCCUGCAGCGGUGGAGAGUUGUUACUAUUUUAUUCUCUCCCAUCUAAUCACAAAGAGCACUUCUCUAAUCUAACGGAUAAUAACUAUUUUACCCGUGUAUGCUGUCAAUUAAUAGGACAUAUGAAUGUGUGUGUGUGUUUUUUUUAGACCAACUGUUGUCAAAUUGGAUAAAAAUAUGCACACCACUGUGAUUUUUACAGUUGCACAAUUGCUGGUUUGUAGUGUUUGAUGUGAAGGCAAACUUCUAUAUAUGAUUUAUUCACUUUAUGAACUAAUUAUAGGCUUUGAGCACUGGAACUGUAGUUUAGCUUGAAAACACAAAUCACAACACUGUAUACUCUGGAAAAUGGUGUGCACCUAUUCCCUUUAAUAAAGUGCUGGUAACUCAGUAAAUUGUCUUUGGCG